AUGUCAGUCGGGAAGGAACCUUGGAUAGGGACGAAAGUAAAGGUGGUCUGUUCUCAUUUCAAGGGCUCGACCAGUACGGUUCACGAAGUCUCUCUGGACUGGUCUUCUACGCCCAAGUCCGGAUUACUUUUGAAAGUGGAACUGGAUUUGUUCCAGGUGCAUCAAACUCAGCCUAUCCAGGAAAUGGACUACAGCUUUGUCGUGGAACUCAAGUUGCAAAAGUUCCUCAAUAGCUGGCAUCCACUUGGUCAUGGCCACGAAUUCUGGCCCCCUCUCAUAUCACCAGACAGUACAUCAGUCAAAUCACAAGAAAGCAUCCCAGUCAAAUCACCCGAUUCUUCAUCCCUCCUUUCACCUGAACUGCCCUCAUCUACUGGAUCAACCCCUUCCCCGUGUAACCCAAAUGUCAUGCCCAUGUCUUUGAUACUGCAAAGAAUGGCCCCGCCUAGAAGGAGAGCCAAAUCACCCGUACCUCUCCCUCUGGACUUGGAGCCCGAGCCCGAAAUUCAGGAGGAGGAGGCGAAGGUGCAGGAAGAGGAUUCUCCAGGCAGUGAUGGGGGGGUUGUGCAGGAAGAACCAGAUGAGAAGGAAAGUAGUGCAGAAGCGGAAAAUGAAACCGAAUCAAAGGGCAAACCAGAAAUUGUGGCACCUCCUUCACAAAAAACAUCUGUAGGAGAAACAUCUUCCACUCCUUCUGAUGAGCUGACUCCUACUUCAUUUACGACCCUGCAAACCGGGGCUACACAUGGCGGGGACCAGAGGUGGGGCCUUUGA